AUGAGAACGAGCACCUCCUCAGAGCCGCAGUUCAGCAAGACCCCACAUGGACCGCGACGUGAGUUUGUUAUCGAUGAUGUAUCGCAGCCGUCAGCUACAAGUCCGUGGUUCUAUCGUGUGAACGUGUCCGUUUUCCAAGAAGUGCAAAUGUCGACGUUUAUCGAUGACGACGUCAGCGAUGCCAGCUCUGAAGAUGGCAGGCUGAGCGGUUCCUUGUUGGCGGCCACCGACGUGGAGCACUACUCCAUUCUACGACGCUACAGCGAUUUCUUGCAGUUGUACGAGCAGAUUCGCGACUUGAUUAUUGGCAUGGAGUGCAGUACAAACAGCAUUCCUCCAUUCCCAGCUAAGGAAUUCGUUUCUCCAGCACUGAAAAGUAUGUUGCGGCGUACAUCUUCUUCGAAGGUUGUUCUGGAUGAUCGGAGCGCCAAGUUCCAGGUAUUGCUGCAGUGGAUCGAGAACCACCCGGUAGCCAGAAACUGUGACGCAUUCGUCGAUUUUAUCGGAAAACCACCACAGUCACACCAUGGAUAUGUCAGCCUUAAGGAGUAUACACCACCUGACUGGCUAUCCUCGCUACAGCAAACGACGCAGGGGGUGGAAAGCCGUAGACGUCGAUAUUCCAUGAGCAACCUCACUGUUCAAUCUCGACGACAGCGAUCGAUUUCUGAAGUGUCCGGUGGUUUGGCAAGUUUUCAACAUUUCGAGGCUGUCAAGCAAUUGUCAUCCAUGCGUGGAGAGUACAAGUUAGAGGAUCGCUUCUCUAUGUAG